GUGAUAAAUUGGAAAAUAUACCAAAAGCGAAUAAUCCUUAUGUGUCGAAAGAAAAUGAUGAAGCCUUUUGGAUACUUGCUGAUUGUAUCAAAAAACAUAACAUGGCUAUUGAUUUUGCAGUACUUCUUGAAGAUACUUUUUGUUGGGUAAUUUUUAUAACUGUGUGUUUAAAUACAUUAAUGUUAACGUUGUCUGGAAUUCAGAUACUGACUAACUUACAUAAUUUAACUGAAAUUAUUCGAUAUGGUCCGUUUAUGGUUGGCCAAGUAAUUCACAUAUUUGUUGAAAAUAUUAUUGGUCAACAGUUAGUAGAUUACAGCAGUAAAGUAGACAUUUCGAUACAAAUGAUGAAUUGGUGUGACAUAUCUCUUAGAUCACAGAAACUUUUGAAUCUCAUGACCAUCAGAAGCCGAGUAGUAACUAAAAUUACUGCUGGAAAAAUUUUCGUUAUGUCUGUGCAAUUCUUCGGCAGUGUUAUCAAGACGUCAAUGACAUACUUUACACUUUUGCGUUCUUUGAAUGAAGAGUAAGACAUAUGCCUUAGUACUGUAUAAAGUCAAC